AUGGAUUUGACGUGGUUGAGCUCCCUAAUCGUUGGAGCUGCACUCAGAUUCUGCAUUGGCACUCGUCCUUCCAAACCUCCUCCUGUUGAUACUAGCAACAAACUGGUUUCAAAGGAUUCUCUGGACAUCGAGAAACUCGCUAAUAUUCUAAAUGAUUUCAAAAUGGUGUUGGUAGUAAGGAAUGAUCUUAAAAUGGGUAAAGGAAAGAUUGCAGCACAAUGCAGUCAUGCAACAUUGGGUUUAUACAAGAAGCUGGUUCGUCGAGCACCUAAAGCAUUGAACUGCUGGGAGGAAUGUUCACAGCCUAAAGUUGUUGUGAAAAUUGAGAGUGAGGACGAGAUGCUAGAGUUGCAAGGAAGAGCUAAAUCCCUUAAGCUGCCUACACAUAUUACCAUCGAUGCUGGACGAACACAGAUCGCACCAAAUUCAAGGACAGUUAUGGCUAUUCUUGGUCCAGUCCAAGUUGUUGAUGAAGUAACAGGUGGACUAAAGCUUUUGUAG